UCAUGGCUCCCCUCCCCCUCCUCCGGCUCCCCUCCUCCGGCUCCCCGGUCCGUCCGCUCUGCUCCUCCACCACCAGGACUCGGAGGUGCUUCAGUUUUUGAAGCCGUGGCAUGAAUGAUCUCAUCUGAACCUGAUCUCCGCUCUCCCUGCCGUCGAUCCUAUGACCGAGACGGGAAUAAAAUAACCCCAACACGAGGGAACUUUAAGAGCCCGGCCGCGGAGAAAACUCUUGUUUUUUUGGGCUAGAAAGGAGGAAGGACCGCGGACGGAUGGGAGUCUUGCCUCAGACUGGCCUAAAAUGGGCAGAACUGGUGCUGAACAAAAGCUGCUUGUCGCUCGUACAAAAGUACUUGAAGCGUUGCAGCAGCCGGGACCGAGCUGCAUUGCUAUUGCCUGUGCCUCUCAACAGGAAAGCAGAGAGACAACAUGUUCCCGAAGGGCACCAAGCGCAAGUUCUCCGACUCCGGAGAGGAGCCGGCCCCCGGCGGUGACCAGAGCCCGGCGGCCGCGACAGCGGCGGCGGCGGCGGCCCGGACGCUGUCGUCCUCCUACAGCCUGCAGCGGCAGUCGCUGCUCGACAUGUCGCUCAUCAAGCUGCAGCUCUGCCACAUGCUGGUGGAGCCCAACCUGUGCCGCUCGGUGCUCAUCGCCAACACGGUGCGGCAGAUCCAGGAGGAGAUGACCCAGGACGGCACCUGGCAGAUCAUGACCCAGGCGCUGGCGGCCGCCCAGUGUCCCGCCGACCGCCUGGUGGCCACCGAGGUCCUGUGCAGGCAGACGGACGCGGCGGCGGCGGCGCAGGCCGGCCAGAGCCCCAAGCCCUUCGCCGUGGUGGGCCUGGAGGACGGGUACCACUCGGAGGAGGUGGUGAUGGAGGGAGACGUGGAGGCCGAGGUCACCAUGUCCACCCUGUCGCCCGUCUCCCCCCAGCUGCCCUCGGCCUCCUACCUGGCCGGCCCCUUCGGCAUGGGGCCCUGCUGGGAGGAGGAGGACGACGACGGCGACUGCGAGGAGGACGAAGAGGACGACAGCGAGGAGUGCGUGUCGGAGGGAGAAGAGGCGGACCGGGACUCCAGGACAGGCGAGCAGGUUUUCGGGACUUUUGAGAUCAAGCACCCGGCGCCGCCGCCCGACCCCGCCCUGGAGGAGCUCUUCUCGGACGUGGACCCGUCCUACUACGACCUGGAUACGGUGCUCACCGGCAUGCAGAGCACCCCCAAGAUGGGGCCUUACGACCUGCUGGACAGCCUGUCCCCCCACGGGCCGUCCGCCCUGAGCCCCGGCGCCAGCUGCAGGGCGGACCUGAACGAACUGGACCACAUCAUGGAGAUCAUCGUGGGGUCCUGAAACCCCGCCCCCCCUACAGACUCCUCUCAGACCAUGCACCGCGCUCGUGCAUCUUCUGCUUGUGGUAUCGUUUCACACGGAGACUGCUGGACGCUCUGUGGACGAGGUGGGAAACUAACGGCGGGCCAGAUAGAUUUCUGAUCGGGGGGGCGUGGCUGUCAGAGAUUAACUCCGCCUCCUCCAACAGCCACUCGGGCAAGUCGGCAGCUUUCUGUUUUUGUUUCUGAAAAUUCACCAGGCACUUAAAUGUUACCAAACUCUUAAACUGUUGGACUCAUGG